AUGCCAAGGAGACGGAAUGGGGAGAUACCGCUUCCGGAAGGGUGGGACGUCGCGCAAGACUUUGAUGGAAAAGUGUAUUUCAUCGAUCACAACACAAGAAAAACAACGUGGAUCGAUCCUAGAGACAGGUACGCCAUUUUCUAUGUAUAUGUUUGUAUGCACGCGUACACGUGCUAAAACAGAGAGUAUAUAUGAAAUUGCGUGCGAUCUCUACGCGCGAACCUUAUUAUCCCAUUUAAAGAUCGCAUUCGAGUUUUUUUUUUUUUCUUUCUUUCUUUCUUUUUUCUCUGCAUUUAUAGACACGGAUGAACGUUUCGUGAUACUGUGAUAAUUAACACGUGUGCAGCAUGCACAUUCGUCAUAGGCAUAUACGCACGAGCCCGAAAGUACAAAAUAUUUCUGACGUUACAUUCCCCUCGUGUGAGUGCCCCUUAAGCUUCUCGAGCGUGUGUAUCUAUGUGUACGCGUAUAUUCAUACACCGAGGACUCGCCGCGCCCGCAUUCCAGUCGCCAGGGCCGCCGCGCUGUCGAUGAAAAACUCGAGAAAUCUGGUGACCACGGUCGCACACGAAAAUAAAACUACUAUUCACGUUUGAGCUUUCUGAUAGAAAAAUAACAAUUUCAUUGCGUUUUAACCAGCUGCUACUAUUGCGAGCAAAGACGUAGAAUUUUUUACCUUAAAUCUGAUACACAUUAACUUCUUUAUUUUCUGUUGUAAAUUUGUUGUAAACAGAAUGAGUAUUACUCGGUCGCUAUAAUUUUAAUACGUUUCAUUACAUAUAUACAUACGUACAAUUCGUAACUUAUAAAUUGAGCGUAGAAUUUACAAAUACCUAUUUUAUAACAGGUUAAUAAUAGGUUAAAUACGAACGAUCUGUCAACAUAUCAUUCCACGUGAACAAUAAUAAUAAUUUACACGUUAGAUUAAUUUUCGAUUAUUAAAGUAGUUAACGUUUUAAAUAUUGAAAUUCUCGUUCGAUACUAGAAUAUUCAGUACCCGCAUUUUUAACGCUGAAACAAAAUAUUUUUUUCGAUCCGCGACAAGAGUAAAUGUAGCAAGUACAUAUUAAUCUCACGAUGGAUCCAGUGAAUGGCGUUCGUUAUUGAGCAAAAGACUAAAAUCUUGUUAUAAAACUGGCUUACAGGGACACCGUGUUCCACGUGUUCACGUUGCCUAGAUUAAUGUGUAUAUACGUAGCUGUGGAGUUUAGUGUAAGUGAACCAUCUUACAGGGCUAACCGGUAUAAAACGUACAUACAAGUGACUGAUACUUAAAAAUAGACCUUGAUACAAGGGUAUUACUCUUCCGAUUUUGAUCUUCCGAUGUCGCCAUUAAGACAUCGAUCUCGUUACGUGUAAUAGUUUUUUCAUUCGAUUUUUCCUUCUUGUCAGUUCGAGGAAAACACAUAAAUUCUUAAAUAAUUACCAUAUCUCAAGUUUGUCUCACUGCAGUUUCAUGUAACAUGUAAAGAAUUCUACAAUUGUUGGAAUAAUUUUGUAAGUUAUUGCAUAUAAAGGGAGUUACUCUUAACUACUGGAUAUAAUGCGAAUUAAGAACACGUUAUUUGAAAAUAUAAUUACAAGGACUUUCUAUAUUCAUAACUAUGUACAUAACGAUAAAGAUUGAAAAUUAUCUAUAUUUCAAUAUGUAAUACUGCAUAUCGGUGGCGUAUAAUUGAUACUUGUGUUUCGCUUAAGUUAUCGUCCGGCAGUUUGACUGCAGAUUGCGUUUGCUGCUGUUUUUGUUUGCACAUUUGGCACGCGAACAACAGAGCCCGGUGUACGGUUAUUCCGUGUGCCGGGGCGACUUUCGCGUUCCUCGAAAUCUCGAAAUUUCGUUCUGCGAAGCCAGUAAACUCGCCUCUCUCUCACCUCUCGGUGCUUGUUUCUUUUUGGAAACUCGAAUCGAACUCGCCGGUUUUCCCACUGUGCGUCCCUCCCAGCAAUGCGUGGCAUCUGCUCGACAUCUGUGUUUAGGAAAAUUCUUUCUCUCUCGCGAGUGCGCAUGCGUGCCAACGUGCCUCCGCCAUAUUUCUUUUUUUUUCUUCUUUCUCGCAUUCUUUCAACUCGAGUUCGAUUCCUGUAACAUCGUUUCGUAAAUUUAUAACGAUUGAUACGCAACUAUCGUUAAUAGAUAUUCCGAAUUUAUUUCUUAAGUAUUCUUAUCAGAUUCUCGGAUACACGAUUUUUAUUACAUAUUUGGUUACUCAGUUUGUUCAAGGUAUGUUGAAACGUAAGUUAUUUCCACGUGCGAAGGCUGCAGGAAUGUCCGUGAAAAGGAAAGAGAGAACAGUCGAUUGCAUUAUGCAAUGUUGUGACUUAAGAAAAUAUCAAUACGCUGUCAACUUUCAAAGAUAAUCGUUUGUAGUGCUUCUAGGUAUGCUGUGUGCUUUUUAAUCGAUUGAAAAGCAUGUGGUAGUUUAUUAAUUUAAACUUUGUGUUCAACAAUUAAUUGACUCAUUGUAGAGUUUGUAAAUUGUUAUCGUCAAAUACGAGGUUAACGCAUUAUAGCGAAGGUUGUUUCAUUUUUUGUAAAUUUGUAAUAAUUUUUCUUUUAUUUGAUGACUCAAUUUAUUUUAAAUCGAUUGUUUCACAAGCUUGUUUACAUAAUUUAUUUAGUCAGAGUUAUUCAUUUGUUUGAAGUUGUUAAUUUAUAUUUCCAUCUGGUAUUUCUUUAUUUAUAAAUCAAUUGAUGUUACAAUAUCAUAUAUAAUUAGCUAAUUUAUUAUUUCAACAAGAAUAUAUAUAAUUGAUUCUGAGUUAUAAAGUUUUGACCAUUUAUAACGGUAGCAAUAAUAAUUAACGAUUUAAAAGUAAGUAUAAAAAAUAAAUAUGCACAUGUAUAUCGUAUCAAUAUUCAGGUGGCGUUGGUGUCGCAUCAUACGUCACCAUAUUGUUUAAUGGUUACAAAAACGGUUUAG